CGGCUGCUGCUUUUCCCCGCAAUUCGCCGCACCACUGUCGACAAGCUCAGUUUGAUUCGACGAUAGCCAGACAUCCGGAGAAACAUGUUUAGGUUCACCGUACUCCUAAUUCUUUGCAUCGCAGUCAUCGACAGCCACAAGCUAGUGGAUAUGAUGCGAGGAUGCGUGGCGAAACACGGCAAACAACCGACGCCUGGCCAGUGCGUCCUGGUGCCGAAGCGCGAACUUCGCAAUAAUGAAUUGUACAUGGUACUGGCUGAGGCGGUUCUGCAGACACACUACAACCAGUUCCCCGCCAGUCGCCUGAACACCAUCUUCAACAUUACGCGGGUCGGUCGGCAGCAUCUAGAAGAUAUUUCUAAAGGGGUUCUCGUCCGCCUCGAGUUUCACACAGUUCCCAGUGACUGCAUGGGGCCCAGCUUCUACAUGGCCUCCGAAUGUCAUCCAAUCAGUACCAAGGUGAACGGAAUUUGCCAGGCAAGGUUCUUCAUGCGCCAUGACUUUACUGUGCUGCAAGAGUUUUGGUGCGGACGCCUACGCUAUAUUAAGAAAUCGGGCCAGAAACAAUGCUCGUCUGUGACCCUCUGGGACGCGGUCGCACAAGGCUCGAGUGCUGCAGACUCGAGAAAGAAUAAAAAGUGUUAGCGACGUAUCCGC